UCUGCGGUAAGAGGUUCAGAAGGCGACGGUGGUCCCUCAGUCGUACGUCCGUCCGCGCACGGUCCAGAGCGAGACCUGUCCCCUGUUGCCGGCCGCUGUCUGAAUCCUUGGGUAGGUCAGGAUCGCCUGACAUACGCUAGCGAGCAGCAGCGGAGCAUUCCCACUGGACAGCAUGGGCGCACAGGGCUCCAACCUGGACGACAUCCUGGCCGAGGACAUGCACCACUGGUACCAGAAGUUCAUGAAGGAGUCCCCCUCGGGCCUGGUCACACUGUUCGAGCUGAAGGCCAUGCUGAGCCUGACCGGUAUGACCCAGGAGGCCAACAGCUACGUGGAUCAGGUGUUUUACACCUUCGACAUGGACGGGGAUGGAUACAUAGAUUUUGUGGAAUAUAUCGCAGCACUCAGCUUAAUGUUACGAGGGGAAAUUAAUCAGAAACUCAAGUGGUAUUUCAAACUCUUUGAUCAAGACGGAAAUGGGAAAAUUGACCGAGAGGAAAUGGAAACCAUAUUUAAGGCGAUACAAGACAUCACACGAAUCUACGACAUUCCUCCGCAGGACAUCGUGUCUCUCAUUUAUGAAAAUAUUGAUGUCAAUGGAGAAGGUGAGUUAACACUGGAGGAGUUCAUCUCUGGAGCCAAGGAUCACCCUGAAAUCAUGGACAUGCUUACCAAAAUGAUGGAUCUGACUAAUGUCCUGGAAAUUAUCCUUGAAGGCCGGCAGAAUGGCAUUUAAGGGCUACUAUGGAGUGAAGACGCAUGCAGGUGAUUUGAGAAAAAUGACAUUCAGGGAUGAGGAUUGUUUUAUUUUUUUUAAAGAAAUCUUUUAAAAAGACAAUGGAAUUUAACGCACCGCGACUAUUGCGGAGUGACGGGGAUGGACAAGCGCAAAGUCCUCUUUUCCCCCAACGAGGCAAAAAAUAUCAGAAUGUGACAGUCUUGGCACAUGCCAUCUGGAUGAAGCAAAACUGAUGUUCUUUUCCACCAUUGCAAAACUUCGGCAGGCCCAGAAGCACCUCUUUUUGUGAAAUCUGUUCCUAAUUUGCUCCGCAAAAAGAUGCAAUGUCACGCAAACGGCCCUGUUGUUUGAUCUUAUGAUCACGAAAGACUGUGCAGGCAGUUUCAAUCUCACAAGAGAGAAAGUAGUCAUUAUGUUAAUAAUAUGUAUGAACACCGUUCUUUCAAACAAGAGAGCCAUGGUGGAUCACUCUAAUUAGCUUUGAGUCGUAAAAGGCUGGUCGCUGAUCCUUUAGUGUUCAAUAAGUUUUCAAAGAAUAGUGUAUGGGCUGCCUGUAGAUCUACUGAAUGUGACGGGAUGACAGAAUGACUUUACAGAGUACAAAUAGCUGAUUUUCCUUACAGUACAUUUUAUACACAGUAAAAAAGCCCAGUGUCAGUUCAAAUCUAUCUGCAUUUUUAUGAGUCCAAAAUGAAAAAGUAACCCU